CCACCGCUUUCCUUCCAUUGCCCUAUUUGGCCCACAAUGCACCGCGUCUUCUCGUCGGGAUCAUGGACCAAAGUGACAAUGAUCUUCAAGGAAGCGACGGUUCGGGUAACCUCGGUGGCCCCGAUGUCCGCCGGAGAAUCCCCAUCAAACUGUUGUCCAAGCAGCCAGUGAGAAGCAAGCCCCCGGUUCGCCCUCAACGGACCACCGGCAGACCUUCGAAAAACCCACCUGGAGAAGAGGAAAGCUUUGGCUUCAAGCAAGAGGAGAGGUUUGAUUGUGGUGCCAAGGCUGGAGAUGUAUUUGGAAGUCAAAGAAGAUAUCCCCAGCAGAUGUUUUGGGACUACAAGUUGAAUCUAAUCGGGGAGAAGGAUGACAUACCCGUUCACUUCUGUGACAAAUGCGGCCUUCCCAUUCACCUGUAUGGACGAAUGUAUUGUGAAUGUAACGAACUGGGUGUCGGUGGCGACGCUCUCGCGAAAAAUCACAAGCGGCCCACAAUUCCCUGUAAACAUGUCUUCUGCUACGAGUGUGCUCUGCUUCACGAGAAGAAGGGGGACAAGAUGUGUCCAGGCCUCACCAUGUACAGCUGCACGGACCAGGUACAGCGCAUCGAGCAGUGCCAGCGCGGCUCCCUGUACAUGUGCAGCAUCGUGCAGGGCUGCAAGCGCACGUACCUGUCGCAGCGCGACCUGCAGGCGCACGUCAACCACCGCCACAUGCGGGCCGCCAAGGCCGCGCUGGGGGCCCGCGCCGACCCCCCCCCGCACCUCCCGCCGGCCCCCGACGUGCCGGACCGCUUCCGCGUGCCCCCGACGCACCUCGCCAAGAACCACGUGCACCUGCCCGCCCAGCUCCAGCAGCAGCAGCACGGGGGUCACGACCCCUACGGCCCGCCCCCGCCCGCCUCCCACGACGCCCCGCCGCCCUCCUCCGCGCUGGGGCCCGAGACGUUCCGCAUCGCCACGGUGACCACGCGCAAACACAGCAACCUCAUCACCGUGCCCAUCCAGGACGACUCGUCCGGGCGCGACGCCCUCCCCGGCGGCCCCGGGCCGGCCCAGCAGCAGCAGCAGCAGCCGCCGCCCCACCACCACCCGGGCGACUACCCGUCCCAGCCGCCCGUGGUGUCCCACGCCCACCACAUGAUGGCGCCGCCGCCGCAGCAGCACUACGGCCCGCCGCCGCCGCCGCCGCCGCCCAUCAGCCACCCCAUGCAGCACGCGCCGCAGGGCGCCGGCACGCCGCACAUGGGCUACAACCAGGCCCCGCCCCCCAUGUCCUCGGCGCCGCCCCCCAUCAACGCGCCCCCGGGCCACAUCAUGGGCCAGAUGCCGCCCUACAUGAGCCACCCGCCGCCGGGGCCCCCGCCGCAGCACAGCGGGCCCCCGGGGAACGCGCCGCCGCCCCACCACUACAACCCCAACUCCAUGCCGCAGUUCCCCGAGGACCAGGCCACGCUCAGCCCCCCCUUCAACCAGCCGGGGGGGCUGAGCCCCGGGAUGUGGCCGGCCCCCAGGGGCCCGCCCCCGCCGCGCAUGCAGGGGCCCCCGCCCCAGGGCCAGAUGCCGGGCCCCCACCACGGGGACCAGGUGCGGUACAGGAACUACUAUCAGUGA